UUUUGAUAAGUAAAAAUAAUUUGAGCACCUAAAUAAGUUAAUAAAGAAAAGUAAAAAUAAUUAACUUUUACUUUUAAAAAUCACUUCUCAUUUUCGCUUCUCAUUUUCUCCUCACUCCCCGAUACCUCUGUCUGCAGGUCCCUGAUGCUUCUCUGCCAAAACCCUUCAUGUAGCCACUUUGACGCUGAUGCCGACAAUUUAUUCUGAAAUGGCCAUUUCAGCUACAAUGUGCUUCCCUUUGUACAUCACAUUGUCAUUGUUGUCGAAAGCAGCUGUUGUUUAUUCAGUUGAUUGCACGUACUCGAGAAAGAAAUUUGAUUCAUCAAAGUUCUAUUUGAUUAUUGGCAAGAUUUGGAGGCGCAUAAUUGUGACGUAUUUGUGGUUGUGUAUGCUGAUUGCUGGUUGCCUCACAUUGUUUCUUGUUCUUCUUGUUGCCGUGAGCAGCUUGUUUUCUAUGAUUGUGUACCCUGCAAUGAUAGUGGGGCAUUGCUAUAGUGAUCUCUGUAUUGGAGGAUGUUUCGGGGACUCGGGCGUUGUUGAGGGUUUAUUUGAGCAUAGAGUGAAGACAUUACGUUUUGGUGAUGGGUCUUCGAGGUUAUGGGAAGGGCCCCUUUUGGUGGUAAUGUAUUCAUUUGUGGUGCUUAUUGAUUCCAUGAUGAGCGCAGUUUUCUACUUCAGUUGUAAGAAUUAUAGUAUGGAAGCCUCAAAGGGAGAAUCUCAAGCAGAAUUAGCAGCUAUGACAAUGUCCCCUGGAACGCCGGACAUUCAAUGA